UUUAUGCACAGAAUACAAUACAAUGUCUUGCAUAAAUUUGUCGRUCUGGUCUUAAUUAGCCAGAGAUCACAAACGGGCGAGGAGCACACAGGUUUGAUCCCAGCGUCAAAGAACCGAAAGAUGGCAUCCUCUACAGGAAUCAGUCCAGAACAGAACGGGAUCUUGUCUAUGAUGCAAGGACUAUGGCAGAACCGAUGUCUUGGUAUUGCARUAGGCUUCCAUAUCCCUGAGAUUCUAUGCAACAGCGAAGAAGCAUCUACUGCUAUAGACGACAUCGCCAAACGUUUAGAGUGUAAAUCAAGCAAGAAUAUCUACACUUUAAUGAGUAUUCUUGCAAAGUGGGGCAUAGGAACAGAGCUGGAAGGCAAGCGCUUUGCCAAAAACAACGCCAUGGAGUUGUUAAGAAGAGACAAGGGACCAAGUCUUGGGCAUUUUGUGGCUCAUCAUUGCAGUGAUGAAAUUCUCUCGGCAAUGAGAUCAAUGCCAGAAUGCAUUAAAAGUGGUCAACCAGCCUUUCUUAUCGAACACGGGAUGAACCAUAUCGAUUACAUGAAUAAAGUCGAAGAACGCCCUAGUGACAAGCAAAACAUGUUCCACAYGUGGAUGUCAGAAAACCCAGUGAGCAGCAGCGAGCGAAGAAAAGAAUUUGCUGAAAACUACAACCAAGCAGUCGAUUUUUACAACGAUCUAUUCAUCUUAGAAAGGGCCAAAGGGGUGCAAACUCUUUACACGGUUUUCCCAUGGUCCUCAUGCCAUAAAAUAGCCGACGUUGGUGGAUGCACAGGUCACUUCCUCGCCUCAAUCUUGAAGCUACCGGCAUGUGAACACGUGCAAGGGUGUGUUGUUGACCUACCRCACGUGAUAGACGACGCACUGAAAAAUAGCGAGCGCAACGGCAUUCCAAAAAGUCGUAUUCAGUUUAUAAAACACGACUUCUCCGAACCGUUCCCGAGUGAACGCCGACUAGAAGUCGAUACCGUGAUCAUCAAAAAUGUGAUUUCAAUGUUUGUUGGAAGGUUGGAGUUGACCAUCAAGUUUUUGCGUAACUGCAGAGGUCUACUCCCCGMGCAWGGAGGUAGAGUAGUCAUUAUUGAAUAUGCGGAGUGUGGUGAUAAGAUUGGGUUGAACGGCUUGCAGCAAGGCUGGUAUGACAUGCAUAUGCUUAACAUYGCUGGUAUCUCAAUCACAUCUGGAGCUGACUGGGAUGCCAUGAUGAGAGAUGCAGCUUCGCAGGCUGGUUACCAGUUUCAGCGGGCUUAUGAUACCUUUGCUGGGGGGCUUAGUAUUUUUGAACUGUCAUGUGAUUGAYGAUGAUGCAGCAAACUAAAAACCUUGAGAAAAGUUUUCGAAGGUAGACAGAUAGGGUAAUAAUAUUCUUUAUCCUUAUUGGAUGGAGUGAUUGCAAGCUGAAAUAAAAUUAUGACCAAUGCUGAUUAAUUUUUACUAUACGAGAAAUAUAUGGUAACAAAGCAUCCGUAAAUUUACUGCGUCUGACCAUUAUUUUAACAUUACAUUAAACAACUAGAAAAUACGACUAAAAUUCUCGUUUUGUUUUGAUUGAUUCUUUCGACCACCCCAUGUAAAAUAGGGCAAUAAUCAACAAGAAGACGAGUUUCCAGCAGAAAUUAUAUUUAAUGUUUUCAUCCAGGAUAAGAUUACAUUCUGUACAGCACUUUCUGAAAACACCGUGAAUUCAGGCUUUUUACAAAGCAAAGUUAAAUUAAAACUGUUGUUUUUAACAAUAA